CAUCUCGUCGUUAUGUUUUUACAGGUAAUAAUGUUGGUGUUGGCCAGCAGUGCAGCCAUUAUUGUUGACAAGAAUUCAGAGCAACAAAGCGCUUUCGUAAAAGCGAAGAAACACGGGAAAAGAGGUCUAGACGGCUUGGGAUAUGGUCUGCCUGAAUAUCAGGAACAUGUGUACGGUCCAGCGUCAGCACCACCGCCCCCGCCGAUUUAUGAAAUUCCAGCCCCAGGCGCUGGGCACCCGCUACCGGAACCGCCACCCCCCGUCGUUGGACAUCCAGUUGCGGCAGUGCCUGUGCCCGUGCCCGUAGCGGUGCCGAUCACCAAGCACGUACCGAUCGCUAUACCCGUGCCGAUUCACGUCGAUCGCGCUGUGCCGGUGGCAGUGCCGGUGCCGAAACCGUAUCCCGUCACCGUGGAGAAGAUCGUUCACGUGGACCGGCCGGUGCACGUUCCGGUCGAUCGGCCGGUGCAUGUCCCGGUGCCAGUACCGAAACCGUAUCCUGUCGCUUUCGAGAAAAUCGUGCAUGUAGACCGACCCGUACACGUGGCUGUGCCUGUGCACGUGCCGAAACCGUACCCAGUACCGGUCGCUAUACACGCGCAUUACAAGUCACAUUACGGUUGGUAG